GUCACGGCCAAGGCCGAGGGGCGGAGCCGGCUCCCGGCGGAAGCGCCCUGCUGGGGACAGGCCGGAGCUGAGCAGCGCGCCUAGGGGACCGUUGGGGACCAACAGGAUGGGCAGCCGCUCGCUGUCGGAAGACUACCGCCUGUGCCUGGAACGCGAGCUGCGGCGCGGGCGCGCGGGCGUGUGCGGGGACCCGUCGCUGCGUGCGGUGCUCUGGCAGAUCCUAGUGGAAGACUUCGACCUGCACGGGGCGCUGCAGGACGACGCGCUAGCGCUGCUCACCGACGGCCUGUGGGGCCGCGCCGACCUGGCCCCCGCGCUGCGCGGCCUGGCCCGCGCCUUCGAGCUGCUGGAGCUGGCCGCGGUGCACCUGUACUUGCUGCCCUGGAGGAAGGAGUUCACCACCAUCAAGACCUUCUCGGGGGGCUACGUGCACGUGCUGAAGGGCGCACUGUCAGAGGACCUCCUCGUCCAGAGCUUCCAGAAGAUGGGCUACGUGCCUGGGGACAACCACUGCCUCAUGGUGACGGCCCCGCCACCCGCCUGCCAGCUGGUGCAGGUGGCCCUGGGCUGCUUCGCCCUGCGGCUGGAGUGUGAGAUCCUGGGAGAGGUGCUGGCGCAGCUGGGCACCAGCGUGCUGCCCGCCGAGGUGCUGCUGCAGGCGCGGCGGGCCAGUGUGGAUGUGAGCUCCUGCGUGGCGUGGCUGCAGCAGAGGCUGGCCCGCGAAGAAGAGCCGCCCCCCCUGCCGCCCCGGGGCUCCCCGGCUAGGUUCCGGGCCCAGCUGGACCUGUACCGGGACCUGCAGGAGGACGAGAGCUCAGAGGAGGCCAGCCUGUACGGAGAGCCCUCUCCAGGCCCGAGCUCACCCUCCCCAGAGGCCGCCUACCGGCCUCUGACCUGGGAGCAGAGUGCCCGGCUGUGGGGCGCUGGCAGGGAGGCCUGGGAGCCCCUGGAGGAGGCUGCAGUGCCACAGCGGGCCAGCAGCCCGCCCCUCGGGGCCUUGGAGGAGGAAGAGCAGGAGCCGGAGGAGGCCUUCCUCCUGUCCCUGCAUCGAGAGCAGCUGAGUCAGCCCAGGCACCGGGCCGUCCCCCAGGGCCCCGGGAGUCCCGGGCGGGCUGGCCCCCAGCAUGCACACGGGCCGGUCCCCGAGUCCCCGGGCUACCAGGUGCACAGCUGCCUGGCCCCUGGUGUCCUGCCUGCCCUCUGCUGCCACACGUGCCGCCAGCUGCACACCGCCCACUGCGCGGCCCUGCCCACCUGCCGCCGGGGCCACGAGCUGCACACGUUGCUGGGCGACACGCAGCAGCGCCUGUGGCUGCAGCGGGCAGAGGUGGACACCCUGCUGUACGACAGCCCUGGGGCCCGGCCAUAGGCCCGCCCGGCCCAGCCCCUGGCCCAGGGCUUUCUGAGUGUUUCCAUGGUGCUUCGCUGGCUCUUGUUCCUCAUCAGGCCUGGGCCACUGCUGCCCUGGACACGAGGAGAGUCCUGGGCACGGCGGGGGGUAGAGAGGCCAGGCCCACAGGUAGGAGGUCAGCUCUUGCUUCCCGGGAAAGCCCUUGCCCCUCCUCCCCCCACCCUCGCCACCCAGACCUAGACUCCAAUGUGCUGGGUGGAGCAGUCUGGCCCAGCUGCCCACAUCAAGGCUCCUGGGUCUGUCUCUAUGAAGGGCCCCUCCCCCUGCACAGCAGGGGCCUUGCAGUCAGCCUGGAGCUCCUGGGCUGCUCCCUGCAGGUUGUGACCUGGGACAUGCUGCCUCCUCCCAGUGCCCCAGGGGACCUGGAGGUGACACGGAGCCUGAGCUCUGAGGACUCUGCAAGGCGCAUGGCUGACUGGCCCAGGCUCAGCUGUGGGGGGAAAGCUGGCCCCGCAGGCAGAGAAGGGGCAGGACCUCCUGCCAGGGCACAGAGGCACCAGGAGCUCUGGGCAGCAGCAGCAGCAGCAGCAGGGCCGACAGAGCCUGGGGCUGUGAGGCCAUUUGGGGCACCAGCACCCGGCUUCCCGUGAAGCCCACCCAGGACCCCCAGUCAGCACUUGGCUGGGCUCCAAGGCCAAGGAAAGGAGGGGCAGCCCUUGCCCAGGUUCCAGGAACCACUCACUCACUGGACUGGUGGGUGGCCGGCCUGACAUCCGCGCCCACCCCCUCCUUCCCGGCUCCCCCGCUCCCAGGACAGAGCCUCAAGUACAAUAAAGGACACGGGACCCGCCUGCGUCU